GCCUCCCCCCCAAUUCCGUCCCAUCCUCGCCCCUUGGCAAAUUAUUCUCCAUUACUCCCCCUCCGCCCUUAUAUCCUCAAUUUGGAGAACCCCGUCUUUUUGUUCGAUGGUCGCCGUCACAACUAUCCGCCGUCCAUCUUCCCACCGUCGCUUCCUCUCCAUUUCUCAUUCCGCCUGGCUUCACUGCGAAUCUCUCUCCAAAUGAAAUUCAUUAUUCUCUACGCCAUCUUGGCGCUCUUGAGAUGUCAUGCUGUCGCUGCCAUUGAAUUAGAAAUUACCUCUCCAUCUUCUAUUAGGACAGCCGCCUCGACUAUAGCAUAUGACAUGAUGACAUACUACAAAGGAAAUCAGAGCGGAGGAAUUAUCGGCGUUCUUCCAGGUCCACCGCCAAACCCCCCAACCGGAUAUUAUUGGUGGGAGUCAGGUGCUAUGUGGGGGACUUUAAUUGACUAUUGGCACUACACCGGUGAUUCAAGUUACAAUGAUGAAGCUCUCAGAGGAAUCCAGUGGCAGGUUGGAGAGAAUAAAGAUAUGAUGCCCAGCAAUUGGAGUCAGAGUAUGGGAAAUGAUGAUCAAGCCUUCUGGGGAAUGACGGCCUUACUUGCGGCGGAAACUAACUUUCCAAAUCCACCAGCAAACCAGCCUGGAUGGCUAGCACUAGCUCAAGCCGUCUUCAAUACGCAGGCCCGGAGACCUGAUAACGAGUGUGGUGGUGGUCUCCGGUGGCAAGUCUACCCUUAUUUGACCGGAUACGACUACAAGAACUCCAUAGCAAAUGGUUGUUUCUUUAAUAUUGGCGCGAGACUAGCAAGGUAUACCAACAACGACACCUAUGCACAGCACGCGGAAACCACCUGGGACUGGAUUCAAAAUGUCGGACUGAUGGAUAGUAAUUAUAACAUAUACGACGGCGCACACAUCGGCACAAAUUGUACAGAUAUCAACAAAGUCCAGUUCUCGUACAAUAUGGCCGUCUGGCUCCUCGGCGCUGCAAAUAUGUAUAACUAUACAAACGGCGCUGAAGUAUGGAAGCAGAGAACCACAUCCCUUCUAAAUUCAACCUUCACAACAUUCUUUCCCGAAGAUAUCGCAUACGAAGUAGCCUGUGAACCUAAGCUCACCUGCACAACUGACAUGUUCUCCUUCAAAGCAUACCUGACUCGAUGGCUCGCAUCAACUGCGUUGGUUGCUCCCUUCACUUACGACUUGAUCAUUCCUAAACUACGAGCCUCUGCUAUUGCUGCAGCCAAGCAGUGUUCGGGCGAUACCAACGGUCGUACCUGUGGUCUCUCGUGGAGUAAAGGUGCGGUUUGGGAUGGGACAAAGGGCGUUGGACAACAGAUGGCUGCCAUGUCAGCGAUUUUCGUCAAUCUUCUUGCUCUCGAAUCUAUCGGCCCUCCAUUGACCAACGCAACUGGUGGAACAUCAGAAGGAAACCCAAAUGCGGGAGCUGGUUCAGUAAUUGACCCUUCCGCCUUUAAACCCGCAACACAAGGCGACAGAAUUGGCGCCGGCUUAAUAACAACAAUGCUGCUUGUAGGUGUAACGAUAAUGUUUGGAUGGAUGAGCCUGUAA